GGCAGGGCAGGGCAGGGCACGGCACACACAGAGGCUCCGACAGCGAGACCAUAUCGAUUUUGUAGUUCCCAGUUGUUGCAACAAUUGCGAGUGUCAACUAUAGCUGGAAAGAGGACGACAGACAUACAGUGGCCUCUAGCCGUAUCCAAAUGGAUGGAGUGAUUAGCUAGCAGCACUGCAAAGAUAUUCCAUCUAUAGAUAUAUAGACAGCUCCGAAGCACCGAGGCUCCUUCAUGUGCCACCGCACCAUGGGCGGGGAUGCGAGCACAGCAGCAAUCAGUUGGUAAUUGAGGCCACAGAGAACAACAAGUCUUGGGCUUGCGAAUCCGCACUAGAGUUCCGGAUAGAGUCCCAAGGAGUGCACCGCCAAAGCGAGUGACCAAUUGAGAGAGACCGUGGGAAGCCCCAGACCGAGGGCCAGGUGUGCACUAGCAUGGAGAUACCCAUUUCGAAUAUACUGCUGCUCUGCCUGAUCUUCCUGCUGAUCGGCGGCGUGGUGAUGAUCCUGCUGCAGUACCUCAUCUUCAUCAAGUUCUCCAACCUGCCCGAUGAGAGCGAGGAGCAGAAGCAGAUGAACGCCAAGUACACCCUGCCCAUGAACAUCAAGCAGACGGCCCGCAACCUCAAGGGCACACCAAACUCUGGCCAGGCAACGGCAUUGGGCUCGGGCUCGGGAAAUGGUUGCGAAAACCAUCAGGAUAGCCUUCAGGGUGCCUCGGCCCUCAUUUCCCUGAACUUUGUGAUGCAGUUUCUCUUCCACGAGUUCAAGAACUCGAAUCGUGUGCGGAAAUGGUUCUAUCGCAAGCUGUCGAUUGAGCUGGAUGAACUGAUUACCAAGACUACCACCGGCAAGCUCCUGGACAAACUGACGAUAAAGGAGCUGGAGUUGGGCGACCAGUUUCCGGACAUCAAGUCCUUGUCGGUACACAACGUGGAACUGGAUGUGGGCGAGCAGCGCAUCGAGAAUCUGGAUCUUCUGCUGGACAUUAACUAUGUGGGAAAUUUCUCCACGUCCAUUGAUGCAGACAUGGUGCUGGGCAAGAAGGGUUCCAUAACGCUAAAAGUGAAACAAUUGUCUGGCACCGCGCGUCUGCAGUUCACACGGAAACCAUACACACACUGGUCCCUAAGCUUUCUGGGUGAUCCGGAGUUAAUACUGGACAUUGAGUCCAAGUACCAGGGACGUCAGAUGCAAUCGAAUAUCACCAACCUGAUCUCAAACCAGAUCCGUAAGGCCGUGCGCAGGAAACACACGUUGCCGAACUAUAAGCUGCGGUACAAGCCCUUCUUCCACUGGACCGCCGAGGAGGAGGCCGGUGACUGUGACAUCCAACCAAAUGGCCUGCUCACUGUUCGCCUUGCCGAACUGUCUCGCCUGAUGCCGUGUCCCGGUGUGGGUGGCACCUAUUGCACUAUUACCCUGGCUCCCGUACCCUUUAUUGAGGCCCAGCAACGGGAUAGCCGUCAUGUCCUAAUUUCGAUGGAUGUGUUUAUUCAUAAGGCGAAGAACCAACAGAUCGGCAUCGUCUUCAAGCAGAGCGGCAGUCAGGUGGUGCGCAUCGAGUCCGUACUCCCGAAUACGCCCGCCUGCAAGUCCAACCUGCUGGCCGGCGAUGUUCUGGUGGCCAUUGAGGGCAAACCAGUGACUACCAUCCAGCAGAUCGCCAAGGUGGUGAAGACACUGCAAGCCACAGUCUUUAGCCUUCGGAUUGAGCGUGUCAUUCCCGGCAUUAUACGCAACGAUGCCAUUCUGGAGGACUUUGAGAAAUAUGAUGACCUAUGCGACCUGCCGGUGCUUCCGCUGCGACCCGAAUCCGAGUCUGAUCCCGCUGAAGUGGUGCCACCCAAGCAUCUGGCCGUGAAGCCAGGUCUCUGCAGCACACCCACCAAUUCGCCCAAGAAGUCCAACCUCAUUGCCAAGGCCAUCAAGAAGACCAUGAGCCGGGAGAGCGGCGACAAGGACAAGGAUAAAGAUAAGGAUAAAGACAAAGAGCGAGACCGGGAAAGGGAAAAAGAUAAGGACAAAGAUAGGGACAAGGACAGGAGCAAGUCGGAGGAGAUGGAGAAGCCCACGGCUGACGAGGUCAACUACUUCUUCCAGCACUCGACCAUAGAUUGCGCAUUCAGCCCGCUGAUCCACAUGGAUGAUGUGUGUAGUUUCCAGCUGGACUCCAGUAGCCGCUUCCUCAACGUCUGCGUCUUCGGCAAGGCCGGCGGCGAGACUGUCCUGUUGGGCUACAACAACGUCCAGAUUGGCCAGGUCCUGGUGGAGUGCUCAGAGACCAGCCUGAAUCAGUGCCUCAAGCAGAUAGCCCUCAAUCCGGCCUCGCUCCAGGCAGUGAAGACUCAUAGUCUGUCCAAUCAGUCUGGAUUUAAUCCCAACCUAUGCUUUGGCGAUAUCUUGUUUGGUUUCUCCUGGAUGGGUAAUCCCAAUGUGACCCUUGGGGAUGCUGCCACCAAGAGCGGAUCCAAGUCCCAUUCACCAGCCAGAAAUCCCUUGGCGGGCGGCGAUCGCGUUGCUUCGGAGGAUCACUCCUUCGAGACGGCAUCGCUUAAGUCAACGAGCACCUUCUCGGACAGUGUCAUAUCCGGAGGCUCCUCCUCCAGCUCGAGUGCUGUUGUCGCCCCCAGGGCGCACAACUUUGUGAGGACGCACUUCCAUCGUGCCACCCAGUGUGACUUCUGUGGCAAAAAGAUCUGGCUGAAGGACGCCAUGCAGUGCCAGGAGUGCUCCAUGUGCUGCCACAAAAAGUGCAUUGCCAAGUGCCAGAAUGCCACCGUUUGUGGACCGGUGGAUUGCUCCGGAUCCAUGCCGGUGCCAAGUGCUCCGGCGACCGUGGUCAGCCGGCCGGAGUUUACCAUCACACAGGCUGACAAUACGGAGAUGCCGCCGGCGGGCUCUGAAGCCCAGCAGCAGGACGAAGCGUCAACAGCAAUGCUGGGUGGUGACCAGGCCCAAAUCCAGAGCCCGGCUCCGGCCUCUCUGGAUGUGCACAGGUCCAGCAUCACGGGUAUGCUGGCACAGGGCAUCAAGCGGCAGGCGAGCAAUCUGGAUAUACCUGGCAUUGUGUCCUCGCUUACCGGCAGUGGUCAGCAAAUGAACUCCAAGAGCCUCCCUCCGAGCCCUCAACACACGCCUUCGCGAAAAUCAUCUAUAGUGGAGGAGGUGGCACCUGCUUCGCAGCAGAAUCCCUUCGAGCGGGUCACCCAACAUCUGGAGACCCUGCCCACGGAGGUCACACUGCUCAGCGUGGAGCAGGUCAUCGUUAUCACCGAACCGAUCAUCCGGCACACCCGCAGCGAGGAUCUGAUGAACUUGGCAAAGAGCUCUAGUAAGCACUUGUAUGCCAGCAUUCCGCCGGAUGAGCGAGUGGCCAGGAUUAAUGAGCUGCUGACAAAGCUGAAGAUAGCCCUGGACGCAGAGACUGAGGGUUACACGUCGAUGAAUGACGCAGAAAGACCCAUGGAGUCGGCGUCGUGGAAGCCGGCUACCACCGGCGCGGAGAACCGAUCCGAUGAACGGCUCCAGGCACUCAGCAUCAUCAUGCUGUAUCUGUGCACCGGACUGCAGCACGCUCAGGGCGUGAUCCUGCAGUAGAUUCGAAACGUCAAUGUUAAAGUAUCACUUACUAAGUAUCCACUGGUCGACCCAGUUUUAUACCUAUACUAGGAAUGUCUGCCCAUUUGGAUUUGAUCUUUUUGUUUUCAAGUGUUUUUUGGUAGACUGCCAUAAUAUCCGAAUCCAUCGUCAUACAGUAUCAGGGGUGCCACAGAAAUUGUUGUGAGUUUGAAAUCAAUUUAAAUGGAAUAACGUUGAGGAUUACAAUAUUUUACUUUAUACACCACAAUAUUUUUACCAUUGGUUUCAAAUUCAUCGAAAUUUCUAUGUGAAUGUGAAACAGAAUGUAGGAAAAUUGUUAUAUUUUCAUUUUGGGGGAUCUUAUCCUUGGAACUCACAAAAACUAACACUAAAUGAAUGGAUUAUUUUUAAGAUGGGCCUUUUGGUGUGUUGUAGAAGACAAUUCGUGUGUAUUUGAUGUACUUAAUCGUCGUGUUUUUUACUUACUCAUAAGUGUAGUAGACUGGAAAUGUGUUAGUGAAUUUAUGGGCAUUUUUAAUCCGUGUUGUGUCACGCUUACCUAAACAAGUAUUUCAAUUUUAGCCAUACGUUCCGAUCAAACUUUACGCUUAUUUGUCAGUUUUGAUGCAAAUUUGUACAUAAGUAUAUAUACAUAUAUAUGUA